CGCCCGGCAAGCCAGCCCUUCUUCCGAGGACCACGUCAAGCUUUUCCCGAUUUUUUAUUCUUCUCUAUUUUUUUCUUAUUCCGAGUCAACUGCCGGGAAUUGUUAGUUAGCCAUGACUGCCGUCCAGGCAGCCGCAAAGCCCGAGUCGGCGAAAACGGUGCUCUCGCUAUACCGACAGCUCCUCCGCCAGGGGAACCAGUUCACGGCCUACAACUUCCGCGAGUACGCCCGGCGCCGCACGAGAGACGCCUUCCGGGAGAACAAGAACGUCGAGGACCCCCGGCGGAUACAGGAGCUCGUGCAAAAGGGGCUGGAGCAGUUGCAGAUGCUGAAGCGCCAGACAGCGAUUAGCCAAUUCUAUCAGCUGGACCGGCUCGUGGUGGAAGGAGGGAUAUCGGGCAAGGACCGACCGGGUCACGGCGAGACAGUGAGGCAGAAGGAUACUGGCUGGGAUUGAGCUUUUUUUCUUCCCCCGACCGCGAGAGCUUUUCCCACUAGGGCUAUCAUGAGAUAUCUUAGCGUCAGGUAUCCGGUGGCUGCUGGUGUGUGUACAUUAGCUUCUGAGAGCAGCAUGGCCGUUCUUGCGGCAAGCCUGGGCGUGUCGCACAUUGGUGCUCUGGGCAGACGCUUGUAGGAACGAAAUUUAGAGUCUGGAGUUGGGGCGCUUCGGCAGGACAGGGCACGCGCUCGUUGCAUGAAAAGAACCAGCCACCCACUUCAAUUUGUCUCUUGAUGAAUCUUGUGCCCCUUUUGCUCUCGCUCUCUCUCUCUCUCUCUCUCUCUCUCUCUUUCUCUGUUCUCUCUUGUCGACCUCAAACAGUUUCUGUC